GUGUCUUUCUGUCUGUCUGUCUGUGUCUGUAUCCGCCUGCCUGUGGACUCCUCCUGUCAGCUGCUGUUCACCUUCUUCAUGUGCAGCCUCUUGCGGGCUCCUCAAACAUGAGCCCUCUGUCAUAGCAGCGGAAUAACCCGACUCGCCGUGUACCUCAUUCACCUGCUGCUUAUUACUGGUGCCUGUUCCGGACCUUUGCUGUUAGAGUGCCGAACUGUCUUGUGAGACCAGACAUGAAACAUUCCGGUUGUCUUUUAAAUACUAAAUCUUUUUUCAUCGGCCUCUUCAGCAGACACACCCUGUCCCAGCUACAUACUCACCCGCUGUCUCCUCACCUCCCCUCACCCUGUCAGUGGGUCGCUGCACGCCAAUGACAACUGUAGCAGUCCUGGGAGGGGGGAUCGGGGGGUUGGCAGCGGCUUACUACCUUUGCAAAAGCCCCCAGGUUUCAAAGGUCAUCCUUGUGGAGGCCAGCAGCCGUGUGGGAGGUUGGCUGUCGUCCACCAGGAGGGCGGAUGGAGCCGUGUUUGAACAUGGGCCCAGAGGGAUUCGGCCUGCUGGGGCGGUUGGACGCAACACACUCAACAUGGUGGAUGACCUGGGCCUGGCUGGGGAGAUUCUUCCAGUCACCUACAGUCAUGUUGCCUCUAAGAACAGAUAUCUGUAUGUGAAGGGACAGCUCCACAAGAUGCCCUCAGGAAUCAGUGGACUUUUGCGGACAGUCCCGCCCUUCUCUCGUCCCCUCCUGUUGAGCGUUGCCAUGGAGAUACUUGUGAAGAAAAACAAGGAGGACGAUGAAUCUAUCCAUUCAUUUGUUACUCGGAGGCUGGGAAAGGAGUUGGCGGACAUAGCUGUAGACAGUUUGUGUCGCGGUGUGUUUGCAGGGGACUGCAGGAAGUUAAGCAUACGCUCUUGUUUUCCGCCGCUCUACAACGCAGAGCAGCAUAGAGGUUCCCUGACACUGGGCAUGCUGCUGGGCUCAGGUCCCACUCCUGUGAUCCCCCCUGGCCCACUGGCUCAGAGGUCUAUAGAAGAGUCGUGGGCCCAGUGGUCCCUGAGAAGAGGAGUGGAGUCCCUCCCCGAAUCCAUCACAGACUACCUUCAACAAAGCGGGAGAGUAGAGCUUCACAGAGACGCAGCUGUUAAAAACAUCUGUCCCUCAAACUCUGGCUGGAAGAUCAAUUUGGAGGAUGGAGUCGUAUCAGCCGAUCACAUCAUCUCUGCUCUGCCUGCUAAAGCCCUCUCGUCAGCCCUGCCUUCCUCCUGUCAACCUCUCAUCCAGGAGCUGCAGGACAUCGCCACGGUAACGGUCGCUGUGGUAAAUCUGGAGUAUGACGGUUCCAUCUUGCCUGCAAUGGGUUUUGGUCACCUGGUUCCAUCAUCAGAGGAUCGGGGUUUGCUCGGGGUCACCUAUGACUCUGUUCCCUUCCCUGAACACAACAGACCUGAUGGGCAGACGACUAGACUGACGGUGAUGAUGGGCGGGGCCUGGUUCCAGGAAGAGUUCGGGGACCCAGAAACAGUGUCAGAGGAGCGUCUUCUAGCGAGAGCCACAGAGGCGGUGCACUGCCACCUGGGAGUCACCGCAGCACCCAGGUGGAGCUGGGUGGCUCUACAAAGGGACUGCAUACCUCAGUACUAUGAAGGACACUACAGGAGAGUUGAGUCCAUGCGUAGCUUCAUAAAGAAGAAAAGUCUCUCGCUGUCUCUUAUUGGUUCCUGCUAUGAUGGUGUGUCGGUGAAUGAUGUCAUCUUCAGUGGACGGAGAGCUGUGGAGGAGUUGUUGGGGACUGGGGUUUGAUAAAGUAGGCAGCAUCUCACCAGGAGGAUGCUUUGUGUUGUGAAGGCAGACAGCCAAUAUCACGUGCCAGCAUCUUUCUACCCAUAAUGCCUCCUACCUCUCAGGUGCUGCCUCCCUCGGACACUGCAUUUGAGGACCUUUUGCGUCACAGCGAAGCGACAAGGCGGUCCCAUUUUAAAGGCUCCUCGGAAUGUAGGCGACAAAUGCUGCCAUUCCCCAGAAACGAAGGCUCCAACCUGUUUAUCUUUCCCAGACAAAUCUAUCCCAGGAUGCAACUGUUUUUCGAAGAGGUUACAGCUAAUACAAGCAACAAAAACAUCCAACGCCUGAGUAUCAUGCUUGAACUUUACCAAGCAGCUGAUGCUACACUUAGUAAAAAACCAAGGUUCAUUCAAACUCUCAUAGCAAUAAGCCUCUUUAGACCAAACCUUCUGGGCAUUGGCAGAUAAAGUCCUAUUUAUCUACUACUGCUGUGUAUAAGAUUGUAUUUUAAUAUUGCAAUAUCCAAAUAAAAUGACAGGUUGUUAAAUUCAUGCUGUGUCGAGGUCAAGCACCUGUUUCUGUUCUGAUUCUAGUCCUCUUGAGUUUAUUUAUGUGUUGAUACAUGGUCUUUAUUGCGUCCCAGUAAGUGGGAUUUACCUACUGAUGUGACUCGCACUUUAAAUAAAGCCUUGUUGUAACUACAA